AUGCAUCUUCGAUUCCUUGUGCCAGCCCUGUUGGCAGUAUCGGCGGCACGCGCAGCUCCAACGCCUGCGGACAGCGAGUUUUCCGAGCGGGAUAACUCUGUUUCAGCCGCUUCUUCGGCAUUUUGGUUCCCUGCCUCGACGAUCCAGACGGAUAUUUUGGCCGCGAAAAGUCUCGUCAACCUCGCCUUCUAUCAGCUCACGAAUCCGCCGAGCGGGAGCUGUAAUCUGCUCAACGCAGCAGUCCGCCGAGAAUGGUCUACCCUCUCAAAGGACGAACGAAAAGCAUACAUUUCCGCCGUGUUGUGUUUGCAAUCCAAGCCAACCAAGGAUCCCAGCUUCGCCGCAGGGGCCAGAUCGCGAUAUGACGACUUUGUUGCCGUACAUAUAAAUUCCACUUUAAUGAUUCACGGGACUGCCAACUUCUUGGCGUGGCAUCGAUACUUUACAUGGGCCUUUGAGCAAGCCCUUCGAAGCGAAUGUGGCUACACAGGGUAUCAACCAUAUUGGAAUUGGGGAAAGUACGCCUUCGAUCCUCUUCACUCCCCUCUCUUCGAUGGCAGCGACUCCAGCAUGUCCGGAAACGGCCAGUACGCACCACACGGCCCGACAAAUGCUCUACCUACAGGACUGAACCCCAUUCCUCCUGGGCAGGGAGGCGGUUGUGUCAACACGGGCCCAUUCGCAAACUACGUCGUCAACUUGGGCCCUGUCGCACCGACUUUGGAUGUUCCAGGCAUUAUCGACUAUUCAAGCCCGGACCCUCUCGCGUAUAACCCGCGCUGCCUUCGGCGAGACAUCUCAUCGUGGGUCUCCUCGAAGUGGUCCAAGGACUCCGACUCGUUCGACCUCAUCUCAAACUACAAUGACAUCCUCUCAUUCCAGAACCGCAUGCAGGGCGACUUUGGAAGUGGCUUUUAUGGCGUCCACACGGCCGGUCACUUCACCACCGGAGGUGAUCCUGGUGGUGACCUCUUCGCUUCUCCAGCUGAGCCGACUUUCUUCCUGCACCACGCACAGAUCGACCGGACAUGGUGGAUCUGGCAGAACCAAGACCCGAAAAACAGAAAGAGUGCAUUCGCUGGUGGCACCUCGGUUUUAGAUCCCGUUAACAGCCCUCCUGGAAAGCUGACUGAUCCUAUUAUUAUGGGAUCUCUGGCGCCGACGAUACAGAACAAGGACGCGCUGUGGACGACGGGCGGGCCUUUCUGCUACAUUUACGUUUGA